AUGGCAGAAAGACCCUCCUCUUCAGCCUCCGUGUGGUCUGUAUCCACAACCAAUACCGAAAUCUCCCUUCACGAGCGAUGCCAAAUCAGCGCCAACGAACUCGACGCCGACUGUCGAGAAACUACCCUCCAAAUCAUCGGUCUCCUCUCAGUCAUGCCCGGAAUGCCACGCGCUGCUCUGGAAAGCACCGACCCCCUCGACUUCCUCUGGGACAUGGUGGACGCCAUGCGGGAGAUAUCUGCUUGUGAGGAAUGCUACACGGAUGAGAUAUACCGGGUUUCGGCUCGCACGUUGCAUCAGAUGAUCGUGGCAUUUCUCUACAGCGUCUAUGAGAAUCAGCACGAGGACUUUGAGAUGUUGACUUUGUGGGUGAAGUAUCUGCUGGACAACGCUUCGGUGCUGUUGAAGUACUAUGCGGAGGAGGAUGAAGUGUCUGCUAUCAAGGAUAUGGAAACAGUGGCCACCGAGAAGAUCAAAGUUAUCUUGGAUGCAGCUGCUCAGAGCGAAUAG